AUGGCUUCAGGUACUCUUACUAUGCCAGUCUCCAAUGUUUCCAGGGAUUUUCUUCCACGAGGUUCUGGAAUUGUAACAAGACGGCCAUUGGUCUUACAACUCAUCACUGCCAAAACAGAGUAUGCUGAAUUUCUACACUGCAAGGGAAGGAAAUUUACUGAUUUUGAUGAAGUUCGUCAGGAAAUUGAAGUAGAAACAGAUAGAAUAACAGGAGUGAACAAAGGCAUUUCUUCAAUUCCUAUUAAUUUAAGAAUAUAUUCUCCACAUGUAUUAAGCCUGACUCUUAUUGAUUUGCCUGGAAUCACUAAAGUGCCAGUAGGGGAUCAGCCUCCAGAUAUUGAGCAACAGAUCAGAGACAUGAUAAUGCAGUUCAUCUCUCGAGAAAACUGUCUGAUACUGGCUGUGACUCCAGCUAACACUGACCUGGCCAACUCAGAUGCACUGAAGUUAGCUAAGGAAGUGGACCCUCAAGGCCUUAGGACCAUCGGUGUGAUCACAAAAUUGGAUCUGAUGGAUGAAGGAACAGAUGCGAGAGAGAUACUAGAAAACAAACUGCUCCCUCUUCGUAGAGGUUAUAUUGGUGUUGUCAACAGGAGCCAGAAAGACAUUGAUGGGAAGAAGGACAUAAAGGCAGCUCUCCUAGCAGAAAGGAAAUUCUUUCUUUCCCACCCAGCAUAUAGGCACAUGGCAGAUCGGAUGGGAACGCCGUAUCUCCAAAAAGUUCUAAACCAGCAACUUACCAAUCAUAUUCGGGAUACUCUGCCAGCCUUCAGAAGCAAACUCCAGAGCCAGCUGCUUUCUAUAGAACAUGAAGUAGAGGUAUACAAGAACUUCAGACCAGAAGAUCCAACCAGAAAAACAAAAGCCCUGUUGCAGAUGGUACAACAGUUUUCAGUGGACUUUGAAAAAAGAAUCGAAGGAUCAGGAGAUCAGGUUGAUACACUAGAACUUUCAGGAGGUGCCAAAAUCAAUCGUAUUUUCCAUGAACGUUUUCCUUUCGAACUAGUGAAGAUGGAAUUCAAUGAGAAGGAACUGCGGAGAGAAAUAAGUUACGCAAUCAAGAACAUACAUGGUAUCAGAACAGGUUUGUUUACUCCAGAUAUGGCAUUUGAAGCCAUUGUUAAAAAACAGAUAGUCAAGCUGAAAGGACCUUGCUUAAAAAGUGUGGAUCUGGUGAUGCAAGAGUUAAUCAACACUGUCAAGAAGUGCACUAAAAAGUUGGCAACAUAUCCAAGAUUGUGUGAAGAAACAGAAAGAAUUGUUGCUGGCUACAUUCGUGAAAGAGAAGAGAAGACCAAGGAUCAGGUGCUGCUGCUGAUUGAUAUCCAGGUUUCUUACAUCAACACCAACCACGAAGACUUUAUUGGCUUUGCAAAUGCCCAACAAAGAAGCAGUCAGGUUAACAAAAGUGCAGUGGGAAAUCAGGGAACCAAUCUACCGCCUUCAAGGCAAAUUGUCAUCCGGAAAGGCUGGCUGACCAUCAACAAUAUUGGCAUCAUGAAAGGAGGAUCCAAGGAGUACUGGUUCGUUCUAACUGCAGAAAGCUUGUCCUGGUAUAAAGAUGAUGAGGAAAAAGAGAAGAAGUAUAUGCUUCCUUUGGACAACUUGAAAGUACGAGAUGUUGAAAAGAGCUUUAUGUCUAGCAAACAUAUCUUUGCAUUGUUUAACACGGAGCAGAGGAAUGUUUACAAGGAUUACCGUUUCCUUGAGCUAGCCUGUGACUCCCAAGAGGAGGUGGAUAGCUGGAAGGCAUCUCUGCUACGAGCCGGUGUCUAUCCUGAUAAAUCCUCAGGGAACAACAGAACUGAAAACGAUGAGAAUGGCCAAGCAGACAAUUUCUCAAUGGACCCCCAGCUGGAGAGACAGGUGGAGACAAUCCGAAAUCUCGUGGACUCCUACAUGUCUAUUAUCAAUAAAUGUAUCCGAGAUUUGAUACCGAAAACAAUCAUGCAUCUUAUGAUCAAUAAUGUAAAAGAAUUUAUCAACGCAGAGCUCCUGGCUCACUUGUAUUCUUCUGAGGACCAAAACACUCUAAUGGAGGAGUCGGCUGAACAGGCGCAGAGGCGAGAUGAAAUGCUCCGCAUGUACCAAGCACUAAAGGAAGCCCUAGCAAUCAUCGGCGAUAUUAGCACUAGCACCGUCUCGACCCCUGCACCCCCUCCUGUAGAUGACUCUUGGCUUCAGCAGGCCCGCAG